AUGCAGCCUUAUUUGUCCUACUCGCACACCGAAUUGAGGAAGUUUGUGACGCCUUAAUAAUGGCAGAGAAAAGAUCAGUGUCUCCGGCACAGUCACCGGAAUCUCCAGCUCUCACCGACAAAAAUGGUUCAAACUCGAAGAAGGUGACCAAAUCAGACUCCGAUAAGCCCAAGAGACCACCAUCUGCUUUCUUCUUGUACUUGGAGGACUUCCGUAUGGAAUUCUUGGAGAAGAAUCCUGAAGCCAAGUCAAUGCAUGAUGUAGGAAAGGCUUGUGGAGAGAAGUGGAAAACUAUGACUUAUGAGGAAAAAGUCCGGUAUUAUGAUAUUGCUACAAAGAAACGAACAGAGUUUGAUAGAGCUAUGGCUGACUAUAACAAAAGAAAGGCAUUUCAGGAAAAUGGGGAAUUUGAAGAGGACAAAGAUGACUCUGGUUUCGAUGAUCAAUGCAAGGAAGGUGGUGCUGAAAGUAAGACCGCCGCGUCAAUUGAAGGACUCCGGAGAAGAACUGUCCCGAGCCGGGCAUCAUGGAAGCGUAAAACGACGUCAAAGAAAGUGACCAAAUCAGACUCCAAUAUGCCCAAGAAACCCCCAACUGCUUUCUUCUUCUACUUGGAGGAUUUUCGUAAGGAAUUCCAGGCGAAGAAUCCGGAGGUCAAGUCAAUGCGUGAUGUAGGAAAGGCUUGCGGAGAGAAGUGGAAAACUAUGACUUAUGAGGAAAAAGUCCGGUAUUAUGAUAUUGCUACAAGGAAACGAACAGAGUUUGAUAUAGCUAUGGCAGACUAUAACAAAAGAAAGGAAAAUGGGGAAUUCGAAAAGGAUGAAGACAACUCUGCUUUCGAUGAUUAGCAGAAGGUAUUCUAUUUUGACCCUUUUGUCCAUCCAAUCUUUGAAUCAUUACAUGCUUCCCUUUCGUGUUUCCGGUGAAAUAUAGAAGGGGCAUCAUAGCUUUGUAGUCCUUUUUUCAAUGUUUUGUACAUUUUGUCACAAGAAACAUGUAAUGACAACAUUGUUAAUUAGGUUGUUGGUCAUUAGAAAUUGGUUUGAGACUAAAAGUGAUUCUUGGGAGUAGCUGUCCCUUUGGUGAACUAUAGUUUUUCUUUUGCAAUAAUUCUCACAUAGAUCAAGCGUAGUAUGGACUAUUGUAUACUGACUGCACUUGGUUUGCUCUUU